AUGGAGGAGUGUAAUGAAAUUAGAGAAAGUUCAAACUCAAUUAAACAUCAGAAAUUUUACUCAUUGAAAAAGCCUUGGAAGUGCAAUGAAUGUGGGAAUUCCUUCAGUUACUAUUCAGCCUUUAUCCUACAUCAAAGAAUUCAUACUGGAGAGAAGCCCUAUAUACGUAAUGAAUGUGGAAAGGCCUUCAGUUGGAGCUCAUCACUUAUCCAGCACCAGAGAAUUCACACUGGAGAGAAACCUGAGUGUAACAAAUGUGGGAAAGCUUUUAGUCAUCGUUCAGCCUUUAUUCAACAUCAUAUCAUUCAUACUGGAGAAAAGCCCUAUGAAUGCAAUGAAUGUGGGAAGGCAUUCAACCAAAGCACAUACCUUAUUCAACAUCAUAGAAUACAUACUGGAGAGAAACCCUAUAAAUGCAAGGAAUGUGGGAAAGCUUUUAAUGACACCUCACCCCUUAUUAAACAUCAAAGGGUUCAUACUGGAGAAAAGCCCUAUGGAUGAGAGUAUGGGAUAGCCUUGAGUGACAGGUCAGGCCUAACUCAACAUCAGAAAACUCAGACAGGGGAAAAACCAUAUGAAUGUAGUGAGUGUGGGAAAGCUUUCAGUUACUGCUCAGCUCUUAUUCAGCACCAAGGAACCCAUACUGGGGAGAAACCUUACAAAUGCAAUGAAUGUGGGAAAACCUUCAGUGACUGUUCAGCUCUUGUAAGACAUCAGAGAAUUCAUACAGGAGAGAAACCUUACAAAUGUAAAGAAUGUGAGAAAGCUUUCAAUCAGAGCUCAUCUCUUACAAAGGAUCUGAGAACUCAUACUGGAGAGACACCAUAUAAAUGCAAUGAUUGUGACAAAGCCUUCAGCCGGAGUUCAUCUCUUACUCAACACCAGAAAAUUCAUACAGGAAAAAAAUUCUACAAAUGUUCUCAUAAUGCUGUGGAAUGGUCUGGAGAAUGCAUUUGCCCCAACCCUAUGGAGUCUACAAAUUGUAUUAAAACAAGUAUAGUAGGCUGCGUGUUAGACUUAGAAAAUACCAACCUUUGA